UUUCACUUUGGGGAUUUCCCCAAAAUUUACCCAAAGCUGGCAGCUUGGGUUAUUAUGAGAAUAUUGUUUAUAUAUUUUCUAUUGUUCAUUGAACGGUUGUUAUGACAAUAAAGCUCAAGAAAUAUUUAAAUAACAAUAAUAUCCUGGUUUUGGUGGAUUUAUGUACUUAGAUUCGCUUACUUCGACAGAGUAGUAAGAAUUACUCAGCAGCCUAUUCACCUACAAUUUAACACCAUUUCCUAAACAGGAUCAAAAGCAUCAAUCUUGAUUUUGUUUCAUUUUUCGUUACAAAAAUGGUUCAAGUAUUUUGUCACAAAAAUCCAUAUCCAUUUUAUAGGUAUCACAAAUCAACGCUUAUUAUUCAUUGAAAAAUAAAGCGGAUAAUUUUAAUAUACUUUGUAUUGUGGAAUCAAUCAUUGGUGGUCUUAUGCUUGAACAACCUAAUAAUCCUAUUGAAUAUAUUAAAAAUCGUUUAAUUGAUACAAAACAUAUACAAGAACAUGUUAAACUACAUAAAGAAUUAUAUAUUUGGCCACAUCAUCCAAUAUUAGAUUCAUCUAAAUCACUUACAACUAAUGAACAUCAUAAAUUUCUUCAAAAUUGUUUCUAUCAUCGUAUAAAACGUUUACAAGAAGAUAAAUUGUUUCUUGAAAAUGAAUCUAAACCUAUUGAAACUACAAAUCCAUUAUUUUCAUUAACAGAACUUGAUUUAAAUCCAUAGAGGAUUUGAUUCAAUGCAACAUUAUACUAUAAGAUUGCUAAAAAGAUAUAAUAGACACAUAUGUAAUCUAUUCUAUGAGAAGCUUUUUAAGUUUUGUUUUAUGUCUUUUGACAAAUCAUUAGUUGUAUAGUAAUAUGUAAUUUAGUAAUUUAGUUUCUUAAAUAUACACUUGUUGUUUGUAAUA